UCACGUUUCAUCGCUUCUUAUCGAAAAGGAACUUGUAUUUAGAGAAGGAACAAACUGAACAGUAGGGGCGGUGAACCUAAACUCUGCAAAGCGCGAUCGCAUCUCUGCAGUUAAGAGAAGAUUCGAUGAAAAUGUUAUUGUGGAAUUGAAUUAAAUUAACAAUCGAGAAGUAGAGAAAAAGAAAGGCCGAAUGAUCGGCAUAAUUGGUAAAUAAAUAAUAUCGAAAAGUUGGCGUUGUUUUUCCUAACUUGUUAAAUAGUCAGAAACGUAUUCAGCCAACCUUUAAAGUUAAAUAAAAAUGGAGUUGGAGAAAGAAGAAGCUCGAGUAUGCAGACUAUGUGGUCAACAUGAAAGAAUGUUUAUCGAUGUGUUUGGAGAAGAAGGAUUGAAAAGGUUACUCGCCACGAAAAUACAAUCCAAAAUCAACAUUUUGAUUCAACCAGAUGAUGGAUUACCACAUAUAGUAUGCCUAGUUUGCGUAGCACAGGUGGAAUAUUUUUGCGAUUUUUAUGAGUGUUGUCAUGAUAUUCAACAACGCUUUUUAUCUAAACAAACUGAAAUUGUAAACGAUAAAAACAACGUAGAUUACACGCAAAAUGACGCCGAAUUUGACAAAGAAAAUACUGUUCCUUCUUCUAGAAAAUGUAGAUCAAAUAAUAGUUUAAUUACGGCCAAACAAUCAAAUAUAAGUGAAAUGAAUAAAUCCUCCCUUAAAAAGAAAUGCAAAAACGUUAUAGAAUCAGAGAAAAUUUCUUUUUCGGGUGAAGAAUUAUUUACCAAAAUUCCUGAAAUAUCUUUGGUAGAUUCCAAAAUAAGUGAAAGUUCAUUAAGUAACCAAUCUGAAAUAAUAACUAAAACGACUGAACAAACUAAUCAACAAAAAGUAUCAAGAAAAUUAUCAUUAAGAAAAACAAGAAGUGUUGCUUAUCAGGUAGCCCAUUCUUCUUCGAUUACAAAAAAAAAACGAAGAAUUUGUGUUGAUAGAUCCUUAGUUAAUUACACUGAUCUUGAAAGAUCUACAAAUGUAAAUGAGUCAAGAAUAAUACAAUCUAAUGAUUUCAAUGAAAUCAAAGCAUCUAUGUCUAAUACUAAAGACUCUCCCAAAGAAUUCUGUAUCAAUAAUGAUCAAUCUAUCCAUUCAGAUAGAGCAAAAGAAGUAUUCAAUAGAAUUCAUGAUAGUAAUGAAAAAAAUUCGAGUAAUAAAAGUAUGUGUGAAGUAAAAACCAAAAACAUAAAAUGCUCUUUAAUUAAAAGUAAUAUGAUUAAUAUAAAAAAAGAAAAUUCUGAUUAUGUUAUAUCACAUAAAAUGCAAGUUUCAAAAUCAAAUCAACUUCUUUCGAUUUCGAGUGACGUAUUAUCACAAGAGGCAUGUAUAAUGAAAACUGAAAUGAAUAAGACUGUAUCAAAUACAAAUCCUUCACUUGGAGACGAAGCAGAAUCAAAUGAACAAGUUACUGCUAAUUCAACAAUGAAUUAUACUCAUACAUCCAAAAUUGUUUCUACUUCUCACUUUGUAAAAAAUAAAUCUUUUAAGGUUCAAUUUCAAACAGAAGUAUUUAAUGAAGUUCAAUUACCGACAAAAGUAAUAAAAAAUAAUUGCAAAAUGGAUAUUAUCCAAGAAACAUCUAAACAAUUAGAACUUCAAAAAAAUUCCAAUGAACGAUAUAAGAGAAACAAAAAAUUGAGUAAAAUAUCCGAUUUGAUAAGUGAUGAGCAGAAAAAAGAAAUUGAGACAUAUUAUGAAAAAGAUAUGACAGUUGUUGACUCUGAAAUUGUCGAAAAAAAUCUAACGAUUAAUGAUAAAAAUAAUAUUAAAUGUAAUAUUUGUUCAAUAUUAUUUCAUAGAUUGGAUAAAUGUAAGGUUCAUGUUUGGUCUCAUUUAAAUAUGAAACCAUAUAAAUGUAAGAUUUGUGAUUUUGCAACUGGUACUAUAAGUAAUGUACGUUGUCACAUUAGAAAACGUCAUUUAAGAAUCAAACCUUUCGGGUGUAAUACGUGUGGAAAAAAAUAUGUUGCUGCAGUUCAAUUGGCAGAACAUUUAAAUACUCAUAAAAGUGUCCAUCCAUUCAAGCAUAAGGAUAUACAUUGCUCUGUUUGUGAAAAAGAUUUUAAAUCAAAAGCGAAAAUGCGAACUCAUAUGCUUACUCAUAAUAAAGAUAAUCUUGUGGUUUGUAAGUUUUGCUGUGUGUAUUUAUCUAGUGAAACGGCAUUAGAAAGGCAUAUAAAGAAUAUUCAUACACAUCAAUAUGUAUGUGAUAUUUGCAAAAAAAGUUUAAAAUCCAGGAAAACAUUGUUGAAUCAUAAGAAUGUUCACUCACCUGCUAAAUAUGAAUGCCAUUUAUGUUCUAAUGUAUACAGAAGUAGACAUAUAUUAAAAGAACAUCUCUUAAAACACAAAGGCAUUAGAAAAUACAAAUGUGAGAUUUGUAGUAAAUCUUUUGCCCAAAAGUCGCAUCUUGAUACACAUAAGGCAGUACAUAGUAAUAUAAAAUACCACUGCCCUGGUUGUGAUAAUUCUUUCAAUCGUCGAGAUAACAUGAAAAUGCAUACUAAACGGUGUAAAAUCUUUUUAAGCAACCCUGAGUUGAAAGAUCUUUUAAACAAAAAGGAAAGAACUAUAUAUACAAAAAAUAUUAUUGAUGAAGUUACUCCUGACACAACUAUGAUUGCAGUUAAGAGUAACGAAUCCUUAAUUUCUAAAGAGACUGAUACUAAUGUGAUACCUGAAGAUAUUAUUGAAAAAAAAAUUAUAAAUCAACAGAACAAUAGUCAAUGUGUAUAUAAUGAAAAUAUACAAAAUAAUGAUACGAUAAGAAAUUUGGAUAAAGGGAUCCAGUUACCUGGAUUAUUGACUGAGAAUGCGUAUGAUAUUAGACAAGAAGAAAGUACUGUGAUCCAAAACGUUCUCACAUCGGAUCGUUUUUAAUUUUUUUUUUAAUUUUUUAAUGUUUUUUUCUUAUUUUCUCUUUUUAUUUAUAUAUCUUCCAAAUACGUUGUGAAUUUAUACAAUAAUUCCUGGUCUACGAGAAAGAAUUCCUCACAUUUAAAAAUUAAAUUAUAAUUUAAUUAAAAGGUUUAAGUCAAUAGUCUCACUUAAUUGGAAAAAGUUGUUUCCAUAAAAUUACUAAAGUUAAGCAAUAGUGAGCACAGUUAGUACUUGGAUGAUUGACUGCUUUGAAACUCCGUGUGCUUCACGGAGUUUGGAAUUCCAGAAAGAUUGCAAGACAGCCUAUAUGGAAAGAUAUAAAAAGUUCCUCAAACCCAUAAAAAGGGCAGUAAUAUUUAAGAAAAGUAAAUUAUAACAGAUAUUCUUUGGUUGUUAAUGUUGUUACAGUUAUUUUACAAAGUUUUUUAACUGCUUUUUUAUAUGAAGAAUAGUAUAAUUAUACAAAAAUUUAUAUAAAUAUUUUAA